AUGUUAAUGCUGGUGAUCUUUGGAGUGUUACUUCAUGAAGUCCCACUGAGUGGCCAAGAUGAGGCCCCUCCCGAGGAGGCUGUGGGCGAACCUCUGCAUGACUAUGCCGGUAUCCGCCUCCCAGAGGAGCACAUUCCCUUCUUUUUGCACAACAACAGGCAUAUUGCCACCCUCUGUAGGAAAGACUCACGGUGUCCUUUUAAGAAACACUUAGAAAAUCUGAAGUACUGCUGGGGGUAUGAGAAAUCCUGCAAACCAGGGUACAGAUUUGGUUACCCUGUAUGUAACUACGUUGACAUGGGAUGGACCGACACUCUUGAAUCAGCUCAGGACAUAUUCUGGAGGCAAGCUGACUUUGGGUAUGCUGGUGAGCGGCUGGAGGAAGUUCAUGAGCUCUGCCAGCCGGAGCAAACGGGUGACUCGGGCCUGUUGUGUUCCCGUUAUCUCCAGUAUUGCAGAGCAACCAACCUCUACUUGGAUUUAAGACACAUCAAGAGAAAUCACGACAGGUUUAAGGAAGAUUUCUUCCAGAGUGGUGAAAUUGGAGGGCACUGUAAACUUGAUGUUCAUACAUUGAUGUCUGAAGGUCAGCGUAAAAGUCCUUUGCAGUCUUGGUUUGCUGAGCUACAAAGCUAUACUCAGCUUAACUUCAGACCUAUAGAGGAUGGAAAAUGUGACAUUGUUAUUGAGAAGCCCACCUAUUUCAUGAAAUUUGAUGCAGGUGUAAACAUGUAUCACCACUUCUGUGACUUUCUGAAUCUUUAUAUUACUCAGCAUGUUAACAACUCAUUCAGUACAGACGUGUACAUCGUGAUGUGGGACACAAGUUCCUAUGGCUAUGGUGACCUGUUCUCCGACACAUGGAAAGCGUUUACUGAUUACGAUGUUGUACAUUUGAAGACUUACGAUUCCAAAAGGGUAUGUUUUAAAGAAGCUGUAUUUUCGCUACUCCCCCGCAUGAGAUAUGGGCUGUUCUAUAAUACCCCUCUGAUAUCGGGCUGUCAAAAUACUGGACUAUUUAGGGCUUUUUCCCAGCAUGUGUUAUACAGACUGAACAUCACACAAGAAGGACCCAAGGAUGGAAAAAUUCGAGUCACUAUUCUUGCACGGAGCACAGAAUACCGGAAAAUACUAAACCAAAAUGAGCUUGUAAAUGCACUGAAAACAGUGUCCGUAUUUGAAGUCCGGAUUGUGGAUUACAAGUAUAAGGAACUUGGGUUUUUAGAUCAGCUAAGGAUCACACACAACACGGACAUUUUUAUUGGAAUGCACGGAGCUGGUCUUACCCACUUGCUUUUCCUUCCGGACUGGGCUGCUGUAUUUGAGCUGUACAACUGUGAAGAUGAACGCUGUUACUUAGACUUGGCAAGACUGAGAGGCGUCCACUACGUCACUUGGCGAAAAAGGAACAAAGUGUUUCCUCAAGAUAAGGGCCACCAUCCAACUCUGGGGGAGCACCCGAAAUUUACCAACUACUCUUUCGAUGUAGAAGAAUUCAUGUACCUUGUCCUUCAAGCUGCAGACCACGUAUCACAACAUCCAAAGUGGCCAUUUAAGAAAAAACAUGAUGAGCUAUAA